AUGGGAGCCUUCAUCCCUUUCCUCUCUAUUUUGCUGUCCCUGCUGUCCAUUGUCCGUGCACAAUGCGGUUCAGGCACACCUAACGCCAGGGUGACAGGCUCCAGCGGCGCAUAUGUCGCUGCUAGGGGAUCGACCACUGUGUAUUCAGGAGCGGAUUAUCGUGCCGCAGUCCAGGCUGCAGUAGAUGCCAUCUCCAGCGGACAACGAGUUUCUGUCAUCGCCUCUGGCUCGAUCGGAGCCAACACCAUCACCAUCACAAGUGGAAAGACGUUUGAGGUCUGUGGAACAAUGAACGUCGCCAACAGGAGCGGGCGUGGUGCUAUCGAAGUGACAGACGCUUCUGGAGUGCAGAUACCCUACUUGACGAUGACAGGAAGUCCCUACUUCGGACUUCGAUUCUCUGGAACGUCUGGGCUGGUUCUGGGCAAGAUCACUCUAAACCUGAGCGGUGGCCUGGGUAUCAGGUUCGACCGUGAUCGAGCGGCCAACACCAAUGUCAAAAUGGACACAAUCUCCGUCACAGGCGCCGGAUCCCAUGCUGUAGAGACGUGGAACAUAGACGGCUUAACGAUCAACAGCGUGAUCGCAAAGAACGUUGGCGAAUGCGGUCUCUUGCUGCAGAACACGCGCAAUGCGAACGUUGGUCUCGUUGAUGGUAACAAUGUGGCUACUGGCACUGGAUAUGCCACACUACGAUUCGCCAACCAGAACGGACGCCGUGCUGACGGCAGCUACGGCACCAACGUCUAUAUCGACAAAGUCGUUUCACGUGGCGGUGGUAGAGGUGUCUUCUGCGUCUCCGAGUCUGGUGGUGCUCAAAUCAACAACGUUGAUCUCGCUAGCAACGGCAACAAUGCAGUCUUGAUCGAAAAUUGCUACAAUGUCAAUAUUCGCGCUGGUACGGUCAAUGGAGGCGGAGAGGUCAGGCUGGCUGCACGGACAGAGUUUGCAAACAAUCGUGAUAUCUCACUGACCUUGAAGGUGGACAACAAUUCUGUUCGCGAAUCCCCUUGCGGUGAGAACACAAACUUCAAAAUUACUGGCAACGCCCAGGUCAAUGUGUGCUGAGAGAAAUGAAGUAUACACGCAAGUCAUUGUAAGAAGCAUGCCAUAGCGAAAUUAUUCCAUAUGCC